AUGGUGGAGACGAUCUCGUGGAGGGCGCUGGAGCUCGGUGAAGAGGGUCUGCCUCAACUUCUGGCGAAAACGAGACUCAACAAAAGCGGGUACGAGAUUCAGCUCACGGAUCUGAGCAGGAUAUGGGGCGAGGAACUGGGAAAGGAGGAUAUCGUGAAAAGGGCAGGCGAUGAGGGCUGCAGCAUAGACCCGAGCGAGGACGACCAGUAUGACAUCCUGCUUGAGAAGAUCGAAGGUGCAUUGAGAGGCGACAAAGGCACUACUCUCAGUCUCAGUUCCCAACAACGUGGCGAUGUUCUGCAACUGGACUUAUCCGCUCCUCUACCGGGUUCCCUGCCCACAUUUGUGUGGAGCAUCAGACUUGCACGCCUUCCAGAUUCAGCCGUUGGACUCGAACUCGUGACGCCGCUCGUUGCCCAAGCAGCCCGGUUACGUGAUCAGAUGCAGCUGCUGAUCGGAGAGUUGAGCUCGAAAGACCAUGUGAUUGGCAAAAUCACAGACCGAUUGGAGGCAUCUGGCAACGAUCUGACGGCCGUGUUUCCUGGGGCUUCUGGCAUCAAGCUUUCUCGCAAGAAGUCGCAGCGCGGACAGCUGGCCGGACAUGUCAAGGGGCUGGCAGAUUUUGAUGAGCAUACCUGGAGAGCCUCACUGAAGCAGAACGAUGGUACAAUAGACUUGAGUUCUGAAGUUCUCAAUAGUGUAUUGGACCACUUGCCAGUCGCAAAGAGUCCAAUACCGGUGGCCGAGUGGUGGAGAGAUCUUGCAAACUCUGGAGCGAGGGCGCAACAGCUGCAGUCCAAGAGCGACAGCUUAUACCCAAGCCAGAACAGCGUAAGACAAACAAGACAACAACAAGUCGAAAACACGAAUGGGCAGCCCUUGAUUUCAACGGAGCAGAGCUUGGGGGAAGAUGAGUUUCGGCGUCAAGUCACACCUCCAAAGCUGAAGAAGGCCCAUCCGCAACCAGACGACGGAGAUGCCGAGACUGAUACUACUGCAGACGAAGCUCCCAAAUCACAGCAGCCAGACGAGGUGGACGACGAGGAGACAGAUGAUGAUGACCUUGACGCCGUUCCCAGCAAAGCAUCUUCCUCGCAGACAAAAGGACGGUCGCAGCAGCAAGAUGAAAAGCCACACUCUAAUGAUACUUCAUACGCUGCUCCUCGCAAGCUUGGUGUACUGGGUGGUAAGAAGUCGAAGAGCCCUCAGCCUCAACCUCAGCCCGAACCAGAAGCAGAUACCGAAGACGAAGAAGAAGUGUCAGCGCCCGCACCUACACCCAAGACCAAGGGCAAGCUGGGCGCUUUUGGUGUUAAGAAGGCUGCAAGCCCACAAACAACACCGGAGCAGGAGCCUGAGCCAGUACAGGAUUCGCCACCAAAGAAAAGAGCUAGACUCGGCGCAUUUGGCGGAUCAUCAAAGAAAGCUGCAACCUCAGAAGAAGCAACGGAUGUAGAGAAGCAUGACACAAAACCAAAGUCGAAACUGGGGACACUUGGCGGAAGAGGCAAAAAUUCAACAGACACAGCGCCUACGGUUUCCCAUGAUCACGAAGCCGAACCGCCUCCAUCACCCGCAAAGAGGAAACUUGGCACACUGGGAGGAAAGGGUGGCAGCAAAAGUGAAGAGUCAGGACAAGUCAAGACCGAGCUAGAGACCGCGAGGCAAUCACGUGCGCCCGAGAGGAAGGAGGAGCAGGAGGAACAUGUGAGGGAGGAUUCUCAGGAGAGGGCGGAUAAGAAGCGGGAGAGGCUGAAGAGGGAGCUGGAGGAGAAGGCCAAGGCGCCCGUGAAGAAGAAGAGGAAGUUCUGA